GGUAAUAACAAAGAGAGAAAGGAGUUUUGCUAUUUGGUUAUAUAUUGUAAAAGGUUUAUGAUAAAUGAUUCUGAUAAUGAAUUUAAUUUUUCAUUUGGCCAAGAUGAAGAAAGUGAUAUCGAAUUAUUAGCUUCAACAUCUACAUCUACUCCAGCUUUAUUUACCUCAGCUUUAUAUACUGCGUUGAAAUUAUUAGAUAAUAAAGAAGUAGAAGUGGAAAAGGUUUCUUUUCCAUGUGUUAAUACUAUUAAAACCAUUAUAUUUAACUUCUAUAAUUCUGCAAUAAAUCAAAUUAUAGAUCUUAUUUCGAAGACAUCAGAUACUGUUUCUUUAACCUUUGAUCUUUGGUCAUCGCAAGCACAUAAUAGCUAUCUUGGAAUUACUUGCCACUGGCUUACAGAUUCAUUUGAUUUGCACAAGAUCAUACUUAACAUUAAAGAGUUGGAUAAACAUCAUGCAUCUGAUAUUGUUGAAUCUGUUAAUUCUAUUCUUAAUAAAUUUAAAAUUAAUUGUCAAAAUGUUUUUUCUAUUACUACUGAUAAUAGAUUUAAUGUCAGGUCCGCAGUGCAACAAAUAGGUAUUUUUAAUGUGAAAUGUGCUGGGUAUACACUUCAAUUGAGUGUUAAUUUAGGUUUAAAGGAAGUUGAUAAAAUUAUUUCAAAAUGUAAAGCACUUAUCUCAAUUUUAUCAAAAGAAAAAAAAUAUAAACAACUUCGUGAAGCUCAAUUACAGAUUACUUCAGGGCUUAAAGAGCCACUUGAUGUUAUUAAAGACGUAGAUACAUGUUGGAAUUCUACUCUUUAUGCUAUUGAACAUCUUGUAUAUUUAAAACCUGCUAUCAUACAAUUAUACUUAACUCUUACUAACUAUACAAUUAAGAAGAUUAGAAAAGGAACAGAAACCAUGAGCCCUUAUAUUCCCUCUUCAGAAGAAUUUAAAUUAUUAGAAAAACUCAUCAAAGUUCUUUUCCCUUUUGAUGAAGCUACUCAAUUUUUAAGCAGAUCGAAAUAUCCAAUACUGGGUUUCAUGACACCAAUUUUGAAAGAACUUGCUCAUCAGCUUAGAUAUUUUAUUGGACAAAAUAGUAUGGCAAUUCUUGUUAAAGAUACAAUUUUAGACAAUUUAAUUGAACAGUAG